AUCAGUAACGAAGAUUCCGCCACUGUAACAGCCUCACUCACGCAGUGUCGCGCUUGUUUAUUAUAUUUUAAGGGGAACUUACCGAAGCGGCGAGCUGCACCACGAAACACCAAACUGGAAGGAGUCAUGGCUCGACUGGUGGCAGUUUGCAGGGAAGGGGAAGAGGACUACCCAUUCCUCGCCAGGCAGAUCCCCCUGUAUAUUGAUGAUACUCUCACGAUGGUGAUGGAAUUUUCUGACAGUGUCAUGGACGUUGACAGCCAAGAGAUAAACACAUCCCAUUGGAAACAAUUCUCUGAGUAUCACUCCAAGUUGAAGCAACAGGACUUGAAUAUCGCCCUGAUGGUGACAUCCAGAGAGGUGUACGGUGCAUUAGCUCAGCUGGUUCCAUGCGUGGGCUGCAGGCGAAGUGUGGAGCGCCUCUUCUCGCAUUUAGUGGAGUCGGGGAACCCAGCCCUGGAGCCGCUCACAGUGAAACCCACGGGCAUGCUGUCCGUCACCAAAGCCUGUUUAACAGACGUAAAGAAGCUCUACACUCUCUUCUACGUUCACGGGUCAAAGUUGAAUGACAUGAUUGACGCCAUUCCCAAAAGUAAAAAGAACAAACGCUGCCAGUUACACUCCUUAGACACACACAAACCUAAACCUCUGGGGGGAAGCUGGAUGGAUGUGUGGGAGCUGAUGUCUCAGGAGUGCAGGGACGAAGUGGUGCUCAUUGACAGUGCUUGUCUCUUGGAGACAUUGGAGACAUACUUGCGUAAACACAGGUUUUGCACUGACUGUAAGAACAAAGUGCUGAGAGCGUACAACAUCCUGGUGGGGGAGCUGGACUGCAGUAAAGAGAAAGGGUACUGCGCCGCUUUGUAUGAGGGACUAUGCUGUUGCCCCCAUGAACGCCACAUCCACGUGUGCUGCGAGACUGACUUCAUCGCUCACCUUCUCGGCCGGGCAGAGCCUGAGUUUGCAGGAGGGUAUGAACGCAGAGAGCGACAUGCCAAGACCAUUGACAUUGCACAAGAAGAAGUCCUGACCUGUCUGGGUAUUCACCUCUAUGAGCGGCUGCACAGGAUCUGGCAGAAACUCCGAGCUGAGGAGCAGACCUGGCAGAUACUGUUCCAUUUGGGAGUUGAUGCACUACGCAAAAGUUUUGAGAUGGCAGUGGAGAAGAUGCAGGGGAUCAGUCGGCUCGAGCAGUUCGUCGAGGAGCUCUCCGAGGAGGAGAGAGCCAAAGAGCUGAAGCAGGAGAAAAAGAGGCAAAAGCGAAAAAACCGUCGCAAAAACAAGUGUGGCUUUGAUGCAUGUGAACAGGAGGGAGACGACAAGGAGAAGAAUCUGGACGAGGGUUCUCUUGAAUCUUGCAAGGUGUGUGGUAGCCACGAUGAGGAGGAGGAGGAGGCUGGACUGGAUCAGAGCGUCACUGCCAAUGGGAGCACUUCCUGUAGCUGCCCAGACAACACCAAGCCGGAUUUGUCGCCCCACAGCAAUGGUAGUGACUGCGGCUACUCAAGUAUGGAGGGCAGUGAAACGGGAUCACGGGAAGGUUCUGAUAUUUUCUGCUCUGAGGGAAUAUGCAACCAUGACGAUGCAGGAGAUGACUCAAACGCCCAUCGCUGUGCUGAAGACAAGGAGGAGGAUGGAAUAGACAGCUGUUUGGACUGCUGGCCACACUCUGUGGAAAACACUCAAUGCAAGAGUAAAAAGAAGAAAAGGAAGGGCAAAGGUUUAUGCAACGAUCAGGGACAGAAAGGUGACGGUUGUAUGUCAGAUGGGAACACAACGGGCAGCAGUCCACCGUCAGCGCACACUUGCCGAACCAAAGAAAUCUUUUCCUCCUUAUGUGGCGACACAUUUGCCAGCAUUGCACUGCGGUUACCGUGGACAGCACAUCAAAACAACCUGGGCCUUGAUGCGAGGUCUCCAGAGGCAAAUGCAAGUCUCAUGGAACUUCUGGAUGAUUCAGAAGUGACCUCAGAUGAGGAGAAUUGUCUGACACAAGAUGAAAUCCAGGCGUUUUUGGAAAGAAACCAGUCCUUCUACAACAACCGUCACCAGUACCGACAGCUCCUGAAAGAGAAGUUCACCAACUACUGCCGCUCCACCGAGCGGAGUAAGCCCGUCUGUGGGAAGUGGUUCACCACCACCACCAGUGUCAACUAACUGCACUAAUUUAAUUUCCCCUGGGGAAAACACAACACAACACUUGUGACCACUGCUGCAACAUCUUUUAGAAAAGAUACAGUUCUGAAGUACAUUUGGUGUCUUGAUCAGUCAAAUCUACUUUAAAGUAAAUGUGAUUCUUAUUUCUGUUGAUCAUCUGCCUCUUUCUCUCACUUGUACACACAAACACUUUUACAUCUCAUUUCUGGGACACUCUCACCUGUAAUUGUUCUCUUCGACCAAGCCUAGCUGUCUGUUGUUGGUCUCCUGUAGGGUCGUCGGGUAAGAGCACAGUGGAUUCAGUAAUCAAGCUUUGCAAGCUGUGACAUUAGGGUUACAUUGUAGGAGUCUUAUUUUCUGUUUUUGUUGGUUUCUUUUAUGUUUCUCUUUGGUGACACUUCAGUGUAGUGGUAAAGGUACCAUUGAAUGUGUACAGAAAUUCUAAAUAUAAAGAUUUUACAGAGAAUAAACAUCCAUUUGUAAUAAGGAUUUGGGUGUGACGUUAAGAGCGCAAUGUGCAAAAUUUACUAAAUAA